CUUUUCUACCCCUGGCGCACAACGCGGUUUCCUUUGCCUCUCUUCUCUCGCCAAGGCUCUUUAAUUUUCCACCAGAGGCCGCUCGCCGCCAACUCCUCUUCUUCAGCUCCUCUUCUUUAUUAGGGUUUCCCUUUACGGCCGGAUUCGAAACGGGAAGAAGCCAUGGAGAUGGACUCAUGGGAUCGGUUGUCCUCCGCCUCGAAGCGCCACGAGUCGAUUCUUCGAUCCCGAUACGAUAUGUACCUUGGAUUGGAGGACACCGACGGAGGAGAAGAUGACUCUCGAGCGGAGUUUCCGUGCCCGUUUUGCUUCGAGGACUUCGAUCUGGUGGGAUUGUGCUGUCAUCUUGAUGAUGAGCACCCAGUGGAAGUGAAGACUGAGAUAGUAUGCCCUAUAUGUGCGGCCAGAGUUGCAAUGGACAUAGUUGGCCACAUAACAGUGCAGCAUGGAAAUUUCUUUAAGAUGCAGCAUGAAAGGAGACUUUCCAAAGGUUCAUCAAGAUCUCAUUCAACACUUUCGUUCCUGAGAAAGGAAUUGCAGGAUGCCAAUCUUCGAUUUUCCUGUGGAGGCUCAUCAGACACGCUUGCUUCCUCCAAUGCUGCACCUGAUCCUUUACUGUCAUCGUUCAUUUUCAGUUUGCCUGAAGUGGAACCUUCAAAAGAUGUACAAGCUGUAAUCUCUGAUGAAGAAAGCACAGUGGAUGAAAUUUCAGAUGAUAAGGUGGAAAAUAGUGCCGAACCAACUCUAUCUUACCAAGAUGAGGAGAGAGCUCGGAGGAGCGAGUUUGUGCGGGAGCUUGUGCUGUCCACGAUAAUUGACGACAACUUGUAGUGGAGUCAACCAAGUGGUGGCAGCAGCUGCGGCUAUGGCAAUGCCUGAUCUCACUCGGCUAGUUGCCACCUUGGGCAUCAGAAUUGCCCACAUCUCUGGCAGAGGGGGAGGUGAUCUUAUAGAGUUAUAGUUGUAUUGCAAGAAGACGAGUGCUUGGAAUCUGUGAUACAGCACUGUAGUGUAUAGGUCAUAGCUAUGUAUAAUUCAAGUGCAAGCAUCUCUUUCAAAAGGAAACAAUAAAAUGUUAGCUGAAAGAAGUCAGGACACGUCUUUUGGAAUCUCAAGAUUCUGCUCAUUUUCUAGUC